ACGUUAAACAAAACACGAGGAUAAAAUGCAUGCAUUGUUUAAGGAAAUGGGCGUCAGUUCACUCCCCUUUUCCACAACAGAGCACAACCAAGUUUCAUUGUUCAUGAUCUUCAGAGAGGACAUAUUCCUUCUAAAAGUUGUCAAUUUAAUUCCAACACUUGCAUUCCGACAUGCCCAGGUUUGACCCUUUAUUUGGACUCGUCUCAUUCGAAAAGGCAGCCAAAUUCAUUGCCAUAUUCGAUUUGGUACGUCAUACACAUGUUUCAUUCGAAUUACUGCGAAAACAGUCAGGAUAUGUAUGUACAUGUAUAGGUAAGUAAUUGUAGGUCCUUUGUAGCUUGUACAUCUUAUCCCAUUUCGCUGGCGGAGGUUACAUAUACGAAGAGAGAUCAGGUAACAUUUACCAGAAAACUGCCACUACUAAAUCAGCGAGUGCUAAAAUUAUGAGGAUUUAAAUUGUCAUAUUUUCAGAGGAAUACGAAGGUGAGCUGUCUCGAGCCGUGACGGAAAAGGAGGAUGUUCAAGCGUCGGGAAGCACUCCCACCCCAAAUGAGACUCCCAAGCCAAGCGGUUCCAUGAGCUAUAAGGACUUUAAGAAAUUAAUGGGAAUAGGAGUGCCCUCUGCAGACAUUUUAAUAGUUCUGUUGCUCUGCUUUGUGAUUUUUGCCAUCGCCCACAUUUGCAUGGAGGUUUGGAUGUGUCGACUUUUGUUGAAAGCUGCUUCACACAAGGAUGGGUCCGCAUUGAAGACCUGGUUUUGGUGUCGUUUGGGCGUCACUGUAAUGUUCACGCUUUACAGCAUUGUUGGAAUCAUGAGUGUCAGGUCGGACAUUGUGGACUGGAUUUUUGAAGCCAUGAAUAUUUAUAGGAUCUACACGUUGUACAUUGUUUACGAGUUUAAGUCCUACGUUUCUGCAUGUGUCAAUGUUGUCAAACCGAUGGAAAUGUAG